AUGAUUACGAACCGAGCACAGAUUACAAAGUCACCUUGGUCAACAACAAUUUACCGAACUACAGUCAGCGAUAUAGAAAAGAUGAUAUUGAUGGUCGGACGUGAGUAUCUUGUAUGGAGCAGCGUUGCUU